UCCAAUCCCCAUCCAAUGACCUAGCCGCAUCCAUCCAAGCCGCCGCGUCCGCAUGCCCCGGCGCGCCGCCGCCGCAUCCACACCCUGCCGUCCGCCGCCGCAUCCACGUCCCCUCCAACCCCUCUGCGACGCCCUGAGCUUGCCUCGCCGACACAACCCGCAUCCAUGGUCUCUUCGAGGGGACCUGCUCUGGAAUCGCCAAUGCUUCACGCAUCUGCAGCCUCCCCUCCGCGGCUCCCUUCUUCGGCCUCCCUCCCCGACGCGGUCCACAUCGGCGACCCCCCUUCCUCCCCCUUCAGCGGCUCACACGGAAUGGAGGGAGUCGCGCCGCCGGCCAUGGCGGCAGGGGCAUCCCUCCCCGAUGCGGUCCACAUCGGCGACCUCCCUCCCCCCUUCAGCGGCUCACACGGGAUGGAGGGAGUGGCAUCGCCGGCCAUGGUGGCAGGGGCCUCCCUCCCUGACAUGAUCCACAUCGGCGACCUCCCUUCCUCCCUCUUCAGCGGCUCACACGAGAUGGAGGGAGUCGCGCCGCCGGCCAUGGCGGCAGGGGCGGCUCAGAGGACCUCAAACCUACUGGUUCCUCUCCCUGAUGGGUCAGAGCUGCCACCUUAUAAGCUGAUUGUGACAUACGGGGCGCGUUCUUACAAGAAUUACAAGGGCGACCAGUGCAUGGUGUCUUCUUGGAGCUGGGACAUUCGUGUAGAGAGGCAGACCAGUUAUGAUCAACUUGUGGGGCUGAUGCAGAGUAAAUAUCCAUGGGGAAAUGAUGAGGGUGUUGUGUUUUCAAAGUGGAAUAGUAGCAACCAAUAUUUUGUGCUAGUUCGCAAUGAUGAAGAUGUGGUCAGCAUGUAUGAUGAGAAUGAGGAAGACAAGAUUAUUAAGAUACUUGUUCAGUUCUGCAAGAAUGGUGAGGAGGAGAAGUUUGCUCAGAGUUUGCUUCAACCAAUCCGACCUUCUCCAGGAAAGGAAGUGCCCAAGCUCAUAGUGGAAGAUUUAACUCAGAAAUCUGAAUAUGAGUAUGAGAUACCCGAGGAGAACUUGACAAGGCAAGAAAAAUCUAAAGAGGGCUAUGAAGGAGAGGAUCACGUUGGAAUAGAUGAGGAGGACCAGUACCUUGAUGGCGACGAGCAGGAAAAUGGAGGUGGGCAAGCCAAAGAUGCUGACCAUAAGGCAACCGAAGAUGUUUCCCAAGAUGUCGAGGAGGAUAGUGAUGAGCAUGAAGAGGAUAGUGAUGAUCAUGACGAGGAUAGUGAUGGGGAUCCAAGUAUGACUAGCAUUGCUUUGAAGAAACGGUUGCUUGAGAAAUACCAUGUCGAUAUCGAUUAUCAAAGAGUGCUUGCAGGUAGGCGCAUAGCCUUGGACCAGAUAUUUGGCAAGUGGGAGGACAGUUUUGAGUGCUUGCACAACUGGCAGGCUGAGGUGCUUAGGAAGUGCCCAACAAGUAUUGUAGUGAUAAAUCACAAAGAGAUCGAAGGGCAGCAACGCUUCACAAGGGCAUUUGUCUAUUUUAGAGCUUGCAUUGAUGAAUUUCUGUUAGGAUGUAGACCUUACUUGAGUGUUGAUGCCACUGCCUUGAAUGGGAAAUGGAAAGGACAGCUUGCGGUUGCUUGUGGUGUUGAUGGACACAAUUGGUUGUAUCCAGUGGCUUAUGUUGUAUUUGAUUCAGAGACUAAAGAGAACUAGGAUUGGUUCAUGGAGAAUCUCAAAUCAGCUAUUGGCACACCAGAAGGCUUAGUCAUAUGCACAGAUGCAUGCAAAAGGGUUGGAAACAGCAGUGCAUACUGUAUUCCCAACUGCUGAACAUAGGGAAUGCUUUAGACACAUGAUAAUGAACUUCAGAAAGAAAUUUCAUGGCAAGGUUUUUGAAGAAAAUCUAUGGCCAGCAGCAUACACAUAUUCUCCUGCAAAGCACAAUCACCAUAUGGACAAAAUUAUGGAAGCCAAUCCGGAAGCUAUCGCAUACCUUGAUGAGUGGCAUUCUAAUUUGUGGAGCAGAAGUAAGUUCUCUACAACAUGCAAAUGUGACUAUGUCAUGAACAACAUAGCUGAGUCAUUUAAUUCGAUGAUUGAGAAAUUGAAGGGGUUCCCUGUUCUUGAAUUAUUAGACUCUUUGAGAGAAUGGCUAAUGGUCAGAUUUGAAACAAGAGCUAAAAUAGCGAGAAAAUUUGUACGUGGACUUCUAAAAAUUCUGCCAAGGAUCACCAACAUGAUGAACAAUAGAUCAAGGGGGAUAGUGUUAGUUGGGAUCUCUAGAAGUGAUGACUUGAAAGCGAAGGUCACUAUAAAGAUCCAUGGCUAUAAUUGGAAGCACUGUGUAGAUUUGGAGAAGUGGGAAUGUACUUGUAGACGUUGGCAAGUAACUGGACAACCUUGCCUAGAUGCCAUUGCAUUCAUCACAAGUAUUAGAGGAGGUCGAGAGAUAGAUGACUACGUGCAUGAGUACUACUCUGUGAAAUCAUUCAACAAUGCGUAUGUAAAAAAUGUGCCCACCAUGACCGAUAAGAAGCAAUGGCCAAUGGUCGAUGUUGGGUUCAAAUUGCACCCUCCUGUGUUGAAAAAGGCUACUGGUAGACCUAGGACACAAAGGAUAAAGUCAGCCUUUGAGAGCAUAUCGAAGAGAAGACACAAGUGCAAAGAAUGCAAAGAAUUUGGGCAUAUGCUGAAGACAUGUCCAAUACUUCAUCCUGAACGCAAGCGAAACAGGAAACGAAAAAAUGUUGAGCCUCAAGACAUAGAAGACAUAGAAUCCAAUGCCAUAGAUGCUUAAACUCUCGGCACCAGCAGUUCUAAAAAGCCGAGAAAGGGAGGUGGUAAAAGGGCAACGCCUAUCCCACUUUCUGAAGCAUCUAAGAAGACUUCUGCUACACAUGAUAGUCCCGCAAAGAACACAAGAAUCAAACAGUGUCCUCCGUCGAAGAGCACAAGAAGCAGAAAGAAGUUGUGAACCUUCCUGUGCAACUACAUGUUAUUGUGGAGCACUAUGCAUAUGGAACCUUGCUGUGUAGUUGUGUACCUGAUGCAAUUGUAGGUUAUUUUGUGGAGCACCAUGCAUAUCUGAGCCUUGUUGUGUAGAUGCAACUACAUGUUAUUUUGUGGAGCACCAUGCCUUGCUGUGUACUAUGUUCAGCUUGUCAUGUGGCUAGACCUUGCUGUACUUUGCUCAACUUGUGUGGAGCUUGCCUUUUGGGUGGUCAAUAUGCAUGCGAACCUUGCUGUUUAGACUAGAUGAUCGAUUUGUACUCCUAUGAAGUAAUUUGUUGGUAUUUAUAAUGGCCUAACCUCUUU